CUCCCCGCCGCCGCCGCGUCCCCGGAGCCUGCGGGCGGCGCCGAGGCCGAGGAGCGCUCGCUGCAGCACAUGCUGCGCGCCAUAGCGGAGGAGCGCGGCCGCCUGAGCCUGCGCCGCGAGGUCUGCGGCCUCGGGUGCUUCAAGGAUGACCGCAUCGUCUUCUGGACCUGGAUGUUCUCCACCUACUUCAUGGAGAAGUGGGCCCCGCGGCAGGACGACAUGCUCUUCUACGUGCGCAGGAAGCUGGCCUACGCCGGCAGCGAGGGCGGCGAGGGCAGGAAGCAGGCGGAGGCUGAGCCCGAGGUGGAGGUGGAGGUGUACCGGCGCGACUCCAAGAAGUUGCCGGGCCUGGGGGACCCCGACAUUGACUGGGAGGAGAGCGUGUGCCUGAAUCUCAUCCUGCAGAAGCUGGACUACAUGGUGACCUGUGCAGUGUGCACACGUUCUGAUGGAGGUGACAUUCACAUCCAUAAGAAGAAAUCCCAGCAAGUGUUUGCAUCUCCCAGCAAACACCCCAUGGACAGCAAAGGGGAAGAGUCCAAGAUGAGUUACCCUAACAUCUUCUUCAUGAUUGACAGCUUUGAGGAGGUGUUUAGCGACAUGACUGUGGGGGAAGGAGAGAUGGUGUGUGUGGAGCUGGUGGCCAGUGACAAAACCAACAUGUUCCAGGGGGUCAUCUUCCAGGGCUCUAUCCGCUACGAGGCGCUCAAGAAGGUGUAUGACAACCGAGUGAGCGUGGCUGCUCGCAUGGCCCAGAAGAUGUCAUUUGGCUUCUACAAGUACAACAACAUGGAGUUUGUGCGCAUGAAGGGGCCCCAGGGAAAGGGCCAUGCCGAGAUGGCAGUCAGCCGUGUGUCCACUGGUGACACGUCCCCCUGCGGGACUGAAGAGGACUCCAGCCCAGCUUCACCCAUGCAUGAGCGGGUGACCUCCUUCAGCACCCCCCCGACCCCGGAGCGGAACAACCGGCCUGCCUUCUUCUCCCCAUCCCUCAAGAGGAAGGUGCCCCGGAACCGGAUCGCCGAGAUGAAGAAGUCUCACUCCGCCAAUGACAGUGAGGAGUUUUUCCGGGAGGACGAUGGUGGAGCCGACCUGCACAAUGCAACCAAUCUGCGGUCCCGGUCCCUGUCUGGCACGGGACGGUCCCUGGUCGGGUCCUGGCUGAAACUGAACAGAGCCGAUGGGAACUUCCUUCUCUAUGCACACUUGACAUACGUCACUUUGCCGCUGCAUCGAAUCUUAACAGACAUCCUGGAAGUCCGGCAGAAGCCCAUCCUGAUGACCUAGAGUGCGUGCAGCCCUCUCGGAGCCCCGGCCCUGCUCAGCCCUGGGACUGCUGCCAAGUGCCUACCUGUCACCGCCACGGGGUCUUCUGUGACAAGCCAGUGCUGGAGCCACAGCCAGGCGGGGCCACUCGACUCCCGGGGCCAGGGCCGACUCUAGUACACCAGCCCAAACUGAAGUGCCUCGAACUCCUCCCUCUGGCUCUGCUCCCGCCCUGUGCCGCCACUCGCCCCCCCAGCCCGCCUCUGGAGAGCCCUCUGCAUCCAGAGGCCAGAGACACCAAGAGGCCAUAGGGUAGCCAGCGUCCAGAAUGUGCCCAGACCCACUGACCUGGCUCACAGCUGACAGAGCCGGACCCACCCCGGGCGCUCCGUGGUCAGACUGUGUGUCCUUAGGGAAGCCCAGCUGAGGAUUUGGCAAAGGGGUCCCGACACACCUGGGCCUCCAGCUAGUCCAGCUCAGCCUCCCCUAGUCACUGCUGUCACAAUAGGUUACUGCAGGAAGACGGGGAAGAUGGGAACUUGCUAUUGGACGCUUUGCCCUGGGCUGGAGCACCUCUCUCACACCCAGUUCCAGAACAGCCCGAGCCAAGCAGAUCGCCCUGAUUCCGCCAGAAUGGCCUUUCGCUUCCAGCCAAAGAACACCACCAACACACAACCUCCGACCCGGACGCGUCCUGUUCUGGGCCUCGGCUGGAGGGUCCCCUGGAAUUUGGAUUCUUUGGGCAGGUGGGAGGGCUUGGUGGUCAGUGUCUGAUGUGGGCUGGGGUUGGCCUCCCCUCAGGAAGGUUCUAGGCCUACCCGCCGUCCUGAGGCUGGAGGGGGCUGGGCAUCAUUUCCUGUCCUUGGUGGUCUUUGGCUGGUGUGCUGGCCCCUCUUCUCAGACCAGCUCCCUGGGCAAAGAGUGGGGCUCAGCUGGGUGUGCACGGCAGGUGCAGUGGUCAGUGUGUGGGCUGCCAGCCUGGCCUUGCCCUAGCGCGAAGGAGCCGCAUCUGGUGACGCGCAGUGUGCUCUCGUGAGCAGAGGCCUCCCCCACCCAACAGGGAAUAAACUGGAAGCUGAGUCUCUUUGUUGCUGUUUUGAAGUCCCCCAUACUGGAGGGCACCAGUCGUUUAAGACCCUCUGCAGGCCGCAGAGGCAGACGGGAGCAUGUCUUCCUGCCUCUGCGUUCUGCGGGCUCCGGGAAUGGGGCACCACUUCGGGGCUUUCUCCAGAUUUUGUAUAUUGUUAUUAAAAGCGAGCUGUUGCGUUUCA